AUGCAGAUGUUAACAAAGUUCGAGUCAAAAAGUAAUCGUGUCAAAGGAAUCGCAUUUCAUCCUAAACGUCCAUGGAUUCUUGCUUCCCUUCACAAUGGUUGUAUACAAUUAUGGGAUUAUCGUAUGGGAACUCUUCUGGAACGAUUUGAUGAACAUGAUGGUCCUGUUCGCGGAAUUGCUUUUCAUCCAACACAGCCAUUAUUUGUAUCAGGUGGCGAUGAUUAUAAGAUUAAAGUGUGGAACUAUAAAACUCGUAAAUGCUUAUUUACUUUGAAUGGGCAUUUGGAUUAUGUUCGAACUGUUUUCUUUCAUCACGAAUACCCUUGGAUCCUUAGUGCUUCUGAUGAUCAAACGAUUCGAAUUUGGAAUUGGCAGUCAAGAAAUUGCAUUGCGAUUCUGACAGGUCAUAAUCAUUACGUUAUGUGUGCACAAUUUCAUCCAAAAGAAGAUUUAGUUGUAUCUGCAUCUUUAGAUCAAACUGUAAGAGUUUGGGAUAUUUCAGGCCUCAGGAAAAAGAAUGCAGCACCUAGUUCUAUGUCGUUUGAAGAUAGUAUGCAUAGAUCAGCUGCGACCCAAGCUGAUAUUUUUGGCAGCACAGACGCGAUUGUUAAAUAUGUUUUAGAAGGCCAUGAUCGUGGUGUAAAUUGGGCGACUUUCCAUCCUACUCUUCCUUUAAUUGUAUCAGCUGGAGAUGACCGUCAAAUAAAAUUAUGGCGAAUGAAUGAUACUAAAGCCUGGGAAGUUGAUACCUGUCGUGGUCAUUUUAAUAAUGUAUCCGCUGCUCUCUUUCAUCCCAGACAGGAGUUGAUUAUUUCUGACGCUGAGGAUAAAACAAUUCGUGUUUGGGAUGUGUCAAAAAGAACUCUUGUCCAAACUUUUAGACGAGAACAUGAUAGAUUCUGGGUUUUGACAGCUCAUCCUGAAUUAAAUCUAUUUGCGGCCGGUCAUGACAAUGGUCUUAUUGUAUUUAAACUUGAAAGGGAGCGUCCAGCAUAUGCUGUACAUCAAAACAAUUUGUUUUAUAUCAAGGACAAAUAUUUGCGUGUUUUUGAUUUCGCCAAUGCAUCAGACGUAUCAGUACUUUCUGUACGAAAAAUUGGUGGUCAAUAUGUUCAUCCACGGGCUUUGUCGUUUAAUCCUGCCGAGCGUGCUGUUAUAAUCACAACGCCUACGGACGGUGGUACGUUCGAUUUGUUUCAUUUACCCAAAGAUUUUAGUGGCGAACCACGAGAGGCCUCGACGGAUGGUAAACGCGGUACUGGUAAUUCAGCAAUAUUCAUCGCUAGAAAUCGAUUUGCAGUUCUUGAUAAGACGCGUCAGCAAAUUGAAAUCCGUGACUUGUCAAAUGUUACAACAAAAUCGGUUAAACCUCCGGCAACUGUUAAUGAGAUAUUUAGUGCUGGUAGUAGUAACCUUUUACUUCUUAGCACGUCUACUUCAGUUAUUUUGUAUGACAUUCAACAACGUCAAACCGUUGCCGAAAUCAAUACACCUCCCGUCAAAUAUGUUGUAUGGUCUUCUGAUAAUAACCAAGUGGCUCUCCUAAGCAAACAUACGAUAACCAUCGCUAACAAGAAUUUAGAACAAAGUUGUUUGAUUCAUGAAACAAUUAGAAUCAAAAGUGGUGCAUGGGAAGAUGCGGGUAUAUUCGUAUAUUCCACUCUUAAUCAUAUCAAAUAUGCUCUUCCACAAGGUGAUAAUGGUAUUAUCCGUACUCUUGAUCAGCCAGUGUAUUUAACCAAAGUUAAAAGCAAGAACGUUCAUUGCCUAGACAGAGAUGGUAAGACACGUGUAAUUAGCAUAGAUCCAACAGAAUAUCGAUUCAAACUUGCACUCAUAAAGCGCAAUUACGACGAGGUACUGCAAAUUAUCCGCAACUCGAACUUGGUUGGGCAGGCUAUUAUUGCAUAUUUACAAAAAAAGGGAUAUCCAGAGAUCGCUUUACAUUUUGUGAGAGAUCAUAAAACUCGAUUUGAUCUUGCAUUGGAAUGCGGCAAUAUCGAAGUUGCAUUGGAAACCGCAAAAGCGAUGGAUCGAGAUGAUUGUUGGAAUAAAUUAGGCGCUGAAGCAUUACGUCAAGGCAAUCAUAUGGUCGUUGAAAUGGCAUAUCAAAGGAUUAAAAAUUUUGAUCGCCUUUCGUUUUUAUACUUGGUAACCGGUAAUGGCGAGAAAUUGAGAAAGAUGUUAAAGAUUGCCGAGUUACGAAAUGAUAAUAUGUCUAGAUUCCAUAAUUCACUAUACUUGGGUGAUGUUGAAGAGCGUAUUCGACUUUUAAAGGAAGUCGGUCAAUUACCAUUGGCAUAUCUUACCGCUCAUAAUCAUGGUCUCACGGAAGAAGCUGAAUCAAUUUUGGUUUCUGCUGGACUCAAUGUUGAAGAUAUUACGGAUUUGCCAGCACCUGGACAAUUACUUAAAUCUCCUACACCAAUAGUUAAACAUAAUGAUUCUAAUUGGCCAUUAUUAACAGUAUCACGUUCAUUCUUUGAUAGCGCCUUUACUAACCCUGAUAAUAAUUCAAUUGCUGCCCCUCUCACUUUCGCCGAUGCUAAUGAAAGCAUUGAUGAGAUUGGAGGAGAUUGGGGAGGUGAUGACGAUCUCGGAUUCAAUGUUAGUGAAAAGGUUGAUGAUCAACGAACUGAAGGUGAUGUCCUCGAAGAGGGAUCUGGAUGGGAUAUUGACGCUGACCUCAAUGUUCAACUUGACAAAGAAAUUGCCCAAGAACUUGCUAAUGGUGCACAGAGUGAAUUUGUACCUCCAACUUCAGGUACUAAUGAAUCCGAAUUAUGGAUAAAAAAUUCUCCUUUAGCUGCUGAUCAUGUUGCCGCUGGAUCAUUCGAAACUGCUAUGCAGCUUCUUAACAGACAAGUUGGCGCGGUUAAUUUUGAACCAUUAAAAUCACACUUUUUGAAAACUUUUCAAGCAACCCGAACAUAUUUACCUUGUAAUGUUAUUCUUCCACCUCUGGUAUAUCAUAUUAGACGAAAUCCUGAAGAAACAGAGACCCGUAGGGUGUUGCCUAUUCUCCCAUGUAACUUUCAAACAAUCAUUUCGGUACAUCUACAAGAUGCUUAUAAGACAACUACUGCUGGUAAAUUCCAGGAUUCUACAAUACAAUUCAAAAAUAUCAUUCAUUCGAUUUUAUUAAUUGCGGUAUCCAAAAAAUCAGAAGUUGAUGAGGUACAUCAACUCAUUGAAGUAUGUCGUGAAUAUAUUGUUGGUCUCUCAAUGGAACAAGCACGCCGUAAAUUUACAUUAGAUAACCCAGAAAAUACAAAGCGCGCUUUAGAAUUAGCAGCGUACUUUACUCAUUGUCAAUUACAGCCAGCUCAUUUACAACUAAGUCUGCGGUCUGCAAUGACAUUAAGUUUCAAAGCAAAAAACUGUUUAACGGCUUCAAUGUUCGCUAGACGAUUAUUAGAAUUAGCACCGCCACCACAGGUUGCCACUUCGGCUCGUCAGAUUCAAAAAAUCACAGAUAAAACUCCAAAUGAUGAAAUUACCUUAGAUUAUGACCAAUACAAUCCAUUUGUAGUUUGUGCUAAAUCAUAUACACCUAUCUACAAAGGUAGUCCUUCGGUAGAGUGUCCAUAUUGUCAUGCAUCAUAUUUAACCGAACAUCAAGGUAAACUUUGUACUGUGUGUGAUGUAUCACAAAUUGGUGCUAAUGCCGCUGGUCUAAAGGUUCAUGUGUAG